GCAAAAGCCAAAGAAGAAGAAAGAGAAUUGGGUGGGGGGCAUAAUAUUAGAAUAAAUGUGCAGACCACAAGUUGACAAAUUCCAGUCACUGUUGUUCUUGAACAAGUCAUUUGUUGUUGUUGGUUCCUGGGUUCUCUGAGUGUGGGGGAAUUAAAAAGGAAAGAUCUUUCUGUGUUUGGGAUAUGGGAAAUUGAAAAGGAAACCUCUUUCUCUGAUUUUCUCAUCAGAUUCUGCUCCAGCAGCAGAUCUGAUUUGCUCUGUGACAGUAAUCUCAGUUUUCUUAUAUAUAUAUAUAUAUAUAUAUAUAUAUAUAUUUUUUUUUUCUGAUUGUUUAAUGUUAGUUCAGAACAGAAGUACCUACUUUUGUUGCUGCUGUUUUGUAUUGCGGCUGUGAAGUUUGAUGGAGUUGGAUUGGUUUGUGGGUCAUCGGAAAUUUUGGUGAAUUUGUAGGGCAAUCCUGAGAAAGCCUUGUGGAAGAUUAUUAACCAUAUGAGGAAUGGGAACUGAAGUGCAGUUGAAGAUGUAUUUCCCGGAAUAUUGUUCCAUACAGAAUCUAAGCAGCAAUGUCGGCCAUGGGAGCUGGUCCCUACUCCACGAGAACACAAACUUGAAGAAUGGGCAACAAUACGAAGUGUUCUUGACAAGGCCAGUUAUUGAUGGAUUUCACGGACACGAUAAGGAGCAACUGAGGCAAACUAUUCUGAAGCAUGAGACAAUUUUCAGGCAUCAGCUCAAUGAACUCCAUCGUCUUUACGAAAGGCAAAAGGACCUGAUGAACGAGAUCAAAAGCAAAGAGCUUCUUAAACAUCAAAAAGUAGCAGGGAUAUCACAAUCAACUUUCUCAUCAUCCGGCUUUCCAACUGGAGACGACAGAAAGAGUUGGCAUAUUUCUAAUUUAGCCUUGUUGGAUUCCAGUUAUGGUAGGCAAUCUACAUCGAGUACCUGUAUCAGCCAACCUCCUCGCGAUUCUAUUGGAAAAACCCUGCAAAACAGCUGUGUCCCCAGCCAAAGUAGAGUAGGGAUGAAGGACUACGAAUCUUCGGAUUCCAGAGUGAAGAAGCCUCGAAGAAGAUUGUUCAAUCUUGAACUUCCAGCCGAUGAAUACCUCAGUGAUGAAGAAGAACCAGAAGGAGGUUUGGGGUCGGGAACAGACAAAUCUGGCUAUAACAAUAGUGUGUCGAGCUCUGGUUUGCAUUUAGUAAGAAGCAAUGGUUUGGCUGAUCUGAAUGAACCUAUUCAGAUAGACAAAGUGUCUGCCUCAACUUCUGUCGUUAUGUCUGGCAACCAACCGAGCUCCAAAGAGGAGAUAGAAAGGCAGGUUUUAUCUGCAAAUGCGUACAAAGGCGUGUGGCCUUUUGCAAAGAAAUUCCCUGAAAACCCACAAACAGGGAAGGAUGGAAGAGUUGGUGAUCUGCAUUUAAAGAAUGAAAUCCAAAAAGAGUGGUCAACAAAUGCUCUCAGAGAUGAGCAAAUAAGAAGUUCUUCUGGCGGAAAGUUUGGUCUUCAAGAUUUUAAUAAGCCAUGUGAAUUGUCAGAAAACGAAGCUACGGUAACCUGUGCUCCUUCUGCUAAGCUUUUCACUUCUGAUCAGAAUAAAACGGAGAAACAAAUAAAGAGGACACUUUUUGGUAUAGAAAUCUCUGAAAGCGAUAUAAGUUCAUCUGCUAUGACUUCGCAAUCUGGUGCAGCCAUUUCCGAGUCAUCUCCUAAUUGGACAAUACCUCCAAGUAGCUUGAGCGAGAACUUAACAUCAAUUCAAGUAAGCACUUCCGUUAAUACCUCCACACAAUCUAAUAGGGCUUCAAUCAUGAUGCCACAAAGCAGUGAAGUUACCCGGGACAGAUUGCUUCUUGACUGUAAUUCAAUACCGUCAACUCCCAGUCUGAAAGACGAAGUGUCACACCAAAGCAGUUUUUUCUUCCGCACUAAGUUGGAGGCCAAUCAAUUACAGGCUUGGCACCCCUCAAUGAGCCUUGGCUGCCAAGGGAACCAUUCAACGUCAGGUCACCGGGUGGAUGUCAAACCUGCUAUUGAUGUGAAUGAUGUUCCUCCUAAUAAAUAUCUGCAUGGAGGAGCUUGUGAACAAAAUAUAAUUUCUCUCAAUGGGUUGAGGAACCAAGAAAGCCGACAAGGAAGAUUGCAUUGGCUUGAAGCACUGCCACUUUGUGAUGGCAAAUCUUCCAGAGAAAUUGAAAGCAGACGCACGUGUAGAGGGCAACUGAAAGCAGGCGGUCUGGUUCUAGACAAGGGAUUUUCAAAUGAGAAUUCUGAUCCAAGACACCAAAUAGAUUUAAAUAGAUGUUUAACUGAAGAAGAAACUGAAAUGACUGCUGCUUCCCCAGUUAUGAGGGCAGAAAUUGUGACAGAUUUGGAGGCACCUCUUGACUCACCCCAUGAGGGCUUUAUCAGAGUUGCAGCCGAGGCUCUAGUUGCCAUCUCAUCAUCCCAAGCUCCCGAUAUGCAGGAAAAAGCCACUUGUCGCAAUCUGGAGGCUUCAGAAAACAACUCCCUUCUUUGGUUUGCAGAAGUAAUUUCUUCACAUGAUGGAAAUCUUGACAAUGGAAAUGCAGCAGAGGUUAAGCAAACUUCCUGUGAUGAAGAGGCUUUUCCCGUUGACAUGGAUUUUUUUGAGCACAUGACAUUAAAUUUGGUGGAAACCAAAGAAGAGCAGCAAUGUUAUGUGCCUCCAAAUUCAGACAGCCUCACAGAAGAAGCGACAUUGUCGAAACGGCCACGAAGAGGCCAAUCGAGGAGGGGGAGGCAACAGAAGGAUUUCCAGAGAGAUGUACUUCCCAGUCUUGCUUCUUUGUCAAAAAAUGAGGUGAUCGAUGAUCUUCAAAUAAUUGAAGGGUUGAUUAGGGAAUCUGGUGGGAAUUGGCAAUCAAGUUUGUCAAAAAGAAAUUCUGGUAAGGGUGGUAGGGGAAGGGGGAGGAAACGUAUGGACACUCCCAUACCGUCUACUAAUGUGGCUGAAGUUUGCCAGCCCCAGAUUGAGCAACCAAAAUGCGAGGAGCUGCAGGGACCUGAGGAGAGAAAUUUAACUUGUUGGGGUAAGAGGACAAGGCGUCCACCACGGCAAAGAUAGCCGAUUGAUAAUUCUCCUAUUCCUCAAAAAUAAACAUGGAGAGGUCCUUUCCGUAGAGAUACUGAAGUUCAUCGGAGUAGAGUUAACAUGCGUGGAUCUGCCCUCGAAGUUUUUAAGCCGUGGAGUUGUAAUUGUACACAAUCCUUAAUUUGGUUUCCGGUAUUCUGAGUGAACUUGUAAGAUUAGUCAAAAUAAGUUUACAGAAGAAUUUGUUGAACUAAGAGAGUGUAACAUAAACUGCAGGAUCCUUCGAACUCAGAACCAUGAGCAAUUCUGUUUAGCAAUAUACGCUUCACUUUAGGCAAUUCAGUUUAGCAACAUAGAAUAUUCAAUUUAGCAAUAUAGAUUAUUGACUGUGGAAAAAUGCUGUUUCGAAGAAGUGUCCGACAUUGACAAGAAAAAUACAAAAAACAGAGCUCUUGUUUUUCGUAUA